AUGGCGAUGCCAAAGCACCAACACGCCCUCUGUUCGGAAGCGUCAACAGCCGCUCAAGAUAAGACAAAGUACACCUACCCCGAAAACCUCAACAUCUUCAACUCUGGCGCCGUCGCCGUAGUCUCCAUGGGCUUCAUCCGCAUCGCCUGCAUCGGCGCCUUCAUGUACGGCGCCUUCUACGUCCUCCCGUCCGCCAUCUUUGACACCAACGCUCCCUGGUGGAUGCUCCCCACCGUCUCCGCCCUCGCCUGCGUCCCGUUACUCGCAUCAGGCGCGUUCGGCGGGUUUGUCAACCACAUCAACGUCAUUCUGCCCACGUCGGCGCGGAGGACGAGACAGGAUUUGCUGUCGUGGGCUGCGGGAGCGCCGGCAGAAACGCAUGUGCAGAUUAAGACGAUGUGGUUUAAACCCUGGCCAAAGACGAAGACUGUGCGUUUGGGCGAUCUCAGGAGGUUGCCCUAUAGUUCACUGCGUUUGACGAACUUGGAACAUAUACCCAGCGGGGCACGGAUAGAUCAUCAGAACGCUGGGUGGACGGGAUGGCUGGUGAGAGCGGUAAUGGGUAGAUAUUGGGUCAGUCGGGCGCAGGUCAAGGAUCGCAGUCGAGCGCCAGGGGUCUGGGAUCGGAUGUGGGAGGAUAUACCGCUGGCGGGUGGAAAGGUGGAUGAGAUUAGGCGGGCUCAGAAGGCGGCGUAUGCGAUUUCGAAUAGGACGUCUACGUCGAAUACUCCAAGGCCGGCGGCGAGAGGCCGGGCGGCGGCUCCUCCUCGCCCACUUCGCCAGGAGAAGCACACGCAAUAA